GUGAAAUAUAUAGAUCACACACAACACAACUUUGUAAACCUCCAAAAGGCAGUAAAUUUUGUAAAGCACUUCCAGCCAGCAAGAUGUCGACGGUCACAGAGAUGAGAGUACACAUGGACUGCGCCGGUUGCGAGAGCAAGGUCAGAAGUGCUCUUCAGAAACUAAAAGGCGUGGAAGACAUAGACAUAGACAUGGCAAUGCAAAAAGUGACGGUUACCGGAUGGGCUGAGCAGAAGAAGGUUCUGAAAAUAGUCCGGAAGACCGGCCGGAGAGCGGAGCUAUGGCAGCUACCGCACAAUCCAGAUAAUAACAGUUUAUUUAAUCAACACGAAUGUAAUGGUCCAGUGAACCACUAUGCCCCCCAGCCUUCUUCUUCAUACAACUACUACAAACACGGAUAUGAUAGCCAGAAUGCCGCCUAUUACAAUUACACUGCUCAGUCUUCCGUCUUCUCUCAUCAAACAGGCGCAUCGUUUAGUGAUGAGAACCCCCAUGCUUGUUCUAUAAUGUGAUCCAUCAACUAUUCAAAAAGAGUGAUAAGUUAUAUUGUACCCUUUUCUCUAGUUUCCCCCAAAAUUGAUCUUGAUUGAAGAAUUGCUAACCGCUUACAAUAAUACUAUAUAUCUCCUUUCAU